AUGUGCCUCAUUCUCAGGUUUUUGUUUCCUGGCGAGAACCAGCUGUUUACCAGCGAUACGAUCUGGGAGCUCGGUCCCGUGUUCACAGAGAAUUGGCUGACCAAGCCGGUCGCUGCCCUCGCAAAGGGUCAAUCUGCCAACGAACAAAGGGUGCAGAACAAAGUCGCGGUCCGUGCGAACGGCACUAUCAUAGCCGUUGGUACGAUUCUUCAGACGAACGUCAAAGAGGAGAAGCCUCUCAAGAGCAUUGAGGACUUGGAAAGCGAACGAAAGGAAGCCAUGCAGACCCUUCCGACGCAGGUAAUGCUGAUGGACGCAACCAACCCAAACAAGAUGGUCGGCUCGUGUCAGAUUGAGUUAGACAUCAUGCCCGUGGAGUACGGUGCUUUUUGGGUUCAGCCCUUCGAGGGCGACAGGUUUGUCGUCGGGCUCUCCUACACCUUCGCUUGGGCGACGCACGGGGCGGUUGCUGGAAGCUACUACAGCUUUACGAUCGCUCUGCAUGAGGUCACCGGAGAGCAGUGCGCCGGCGUCGGCAAACGGUUCACGAGCAAAGACAUUGAGGUGAAGUGCACCAAGGAUCCACGAGUGAAAGUUCAUCGAUACUACGGAGGCCACCUGCCUUGUGUCUUCGAGAACGAGGUUGUUUGUCCGCCAGAAGCAGCGGGAAAGACAGUGAUCGCACUCGCUAGCUGGCACGAUGCUAUGAAUCUGCCGCACUUCAUGGAGUCCAACGCCUUCUUCUGUGACCAUCCUACCGGGCGUCGGUUGAACAACCAGACGGCCCUACAGGCUGCAACCCAGCUGGUGAAGAAUGAUGAAAGCGUGGGCUUUGGAUUCGAGUCGCAAGGUCAUCACGAAGGCCUCACUCGCAAGGCUCGCAGAGCUUUCCGCUCUCUGGCGAAGCACUGUCAUGAAAAGCCGCUGAAGUACAGCAUUGGGGCCGGAAUAAAUUACAUUCAGCUCGUGAAGAACAUCCCAUACGCAGGAGGAGCCAUGGGCACGGGUGACGGUACUUCCAACCCCAUGUCCGGUCAUUUUACACCGGAUGGAAGUUAUGUGUCCAACCCAUACCAGCUUUGGCGCCUAGGGGACGAUGCUGAACAUCGCAAGCGAUUGAGCGACCUGCUUCCUGAAAGUGUCUGCGCUGGUGGCAUCUGUGAGGGAAUGAUGCUCGGCUGCCAGAAGACGAAAAUCAGACCCAUCAACAUCCCCAAGAUCAGCUAUAAGUUCUCGCGCACCUUCAACUGGAUCCCACACGUCGGUCCAAGCGCACGACACGUUAUAGCUUACGGCCUGAUGGUUCUACCAGCUGCGGUCAAAGAAGCCGGCAGGGAGGCGCAGCAAAUGGAGAAAGCUUUGGAAGCGAAUGGCACCAAUCAGUCGCAACCCUUGCAAACGAUGGCCGAAGACUUUCAGAAGAUCUUUCAGCCUGAGCAGAGCCGCCGACUGCAGCAGAAACCUUUUCAGACUCCUGCCGGGGGUGAAUUCAGGGAAGAGACGCUGGACGACAUGGAGGCGCACCAUUCCAAACAUGGUGCUUUUGACGAGAUGGUCGUGCAGAUCACCGAACCCAUGCACUAUCCGAUAACGGACGAAGUCAUGGAAUACCUGUUGGCCGCGGAUGCUUUUCGCGGGCUAGAGGACGGUCGAGAGGCAACGCAUGGUCCAAUCAAGGUCAUUGGCUACGAGCUGCUGCACUCUCCAGGGGCUGUAGAAAAGAAGGCCAAAAAACACUCGAAGGUGAAGGAGACGAGCCCUUCCCAGCAGAGAGCACCGCGGACCACCCAAAGACUGUCAGAGGCAGAUUCGCAACUCUGGGAUGCGGCGCGCAGACACACACCAUCUCAAGGUGCGGUGCCACUGCGGACAGGCCUCGGACUCUGUGCCGUAGCAGCGGCACUUGCUUCGUCGCUGUGCGUGGCCUUACUCGCAAGGGGCAGACGAGGCUACUCAGCUUUGUCCUCACAGAGUGAAGCGAGUGAAGCGGCUUCCGCUUAG